GGUCGGUCGCUGCUUGGUGUUACAAAUGUGACGGAUAUUUUCGUGUAGUUCCAACUUUCUUCUCACCAACUUAUCAGGGUAAAAGCAAAGUAAUUUUAAACUUCAAAAGGAUAACUUUAAAAACUUAAAAAGUAGCUACUCUUAACAAUACAAACCAAAAUCAUUUAUAGCCCACUUACAGCAAUAUACACCCACACCCAGUGCUGCCCCUAGUGGCUGGGAGUUUGUCAAAAAUUAAUUUGAACAAAAUCUGUUGUAACAUUCACAAAAAUAUACAAUCAGCUGAUUUAUGAGUAAGUUUUUGUAGCUGUUUAAAGAUGCUGAAAAACAAAGAAUUUUACAAAAAUGAUCUUUUUACGGAAAAACAAAGUUUAACAGAUGUAAUAAAGUGUUCGACCACAGGUGGCAGCACUGAGGACAUUUCCCGCUGAGCGAGUAACAAUACCAUCAGCGAAGAAGAACAGUCUCCUACGUUUUUUAUUGCUCUGAUUUUUUUGUUGUUUUUUUGGUGGCGUCGGAGGCGGUUUGGUCGGAGUUAACCCGUCUUUGUUUCAUUCUGGGGUAUCCUACAUAGCUAAAGUGAAUAAAAAGUGGCCAUUCCGCUUCUCCACACUGACUUUUGCUCCUCUCGGUAAGUGAAGGAAACUUUAUAAAUCCUCCGAAGGUGUUUCGGGUGUUUUAAACUCGUCUGUUUCUUGUUUAGCAGGGCUGCGCAACAACUCUUAGGAAUGUUUAGAGGCCAUGAUCUAAAACAGUUGAUCAUCAUCUCUUCGUCUCUUACAGUCUUCAGGAGCAGUCAGGAUCAUGUCUCUGACUAAGACCCAGGUUAAUGGGGUCACUGUGGUCACCCUGACUUCAGACCCCAACAGUUCUUGUCCCCCACUUUGUCAAAUCCUAAAAACCAUCUGCUACAGCCCCUCAUGCUGCUCCCUGUCUCAGCAGCUGAGGAGGGUCCAGGGAUCUUCGCAGUCUCUUCUUGGGGUGAGUUAGGGAGUUCAUCUGUUUCCUUUCAGUUUGUAAAUUCAUACAUUGCAUUAUUUCAAUUUUAACUUCUUAAUUCUGACUUUUGAUGGGCAUAUACUGUAUUUCUAUGUAAAACUCAUGUUUUCACAGUUUGAUUUCCUUGUUGUACAAGAAACACUGAAUCUUUCUGAGCAGAGACCCACCACAACAGAAUUCAUCCAUAUUUUUUAACCCUCUUUUCCGUUUUCCCAAUGUCUUACUUCUCUCUUGAUUGUAUAUUUCAAUGAUAUGCUUUUUAAUAUUAUGAUGACUUGAUGUUAUCUUUAUUUUAAUGCUGUCAGUUGUUUUUUUUAAAUUCUUUAGAGCACUUUGAUUGCUCUCUGUAUUAAAGAGGCUAAAGAUGUCAAUAAUCUGUCUUUCUUAUUUUCUUUAUAUCACAGGCUCUGCAAAUUAUGGUUGGCCUAUUGAACAUAGGUUUUGGAGCAGUCCUCACUAGCAGUGCCCCAUGGUGGCAACGGUUUAACUACCUGUUUCCCUUUUGGCUUGGAGUGAUGGUAAGCAAUAUUUAUUUAUUUAAAGUUAUAAAUCUGACAUUUAUUUUUGUGAUUUUCGUUUAUAUAUUUCCCAAGUGUCUUGCAAAGCUAGAACAAAGGCUGGCCUUGUUUGGCUUGUUUCAAGGUGAUCCAGUUUAUGUCUUUUUUUUAAAUGGGUCUGUCAGGAUGCAGCUGGUUCCCUGUGCGCUCAAAAACCUUUGAACAAUACGGACUAAAAUACAUUUAUUUCAGCUGCUGGUUUGGCUUUGCAGUUAAAGCGUACUUCAAAUAGAGAGGCUGUGGUUCUCGUUACAAUGUUUGCUGGUUUGACUCCUGCCCUCAAACCCUGUGCUGCAUGUCUUAUCCCGCUCUGUUCCCACAUUAGCUUCUCCUCUUCAGCUGUUCAGAAAUUGUACUUUAAAAUCACAUAUUUCACAUCAUGUUGUGUUAAUCUUUUGCACAUGACAAUGAAAACACAGAUGAAGGAUGAAUCCACUCUGGUGCUUGUCUGAUAGUGAAGUGUCCCUCUUGUCACAGGGGACAUUUGGGUAAUUCAUGGGUCCAAACUCCCCAAAGAGACUCAAAAACACACUCGCCAGAUAAAAAUUCUUGCAGUUGACUUCUUAAGUUGACUUUUUUUGGUAGGAAGUAGGGAGGAAUUUUAAAGUCAGGAAGUCUUCGCUUGCAUGGACUCUUGUAAUCAGAACCAGUCCUUUUGUUUUAUAACUUAAUCAAGUCCAGCUGCGGGUUUAAAGGAGCAUUGCAGAGUAUUACUUACUAAGAAAAAGCAGAAUUCUUCCACGAUGACUGGACUUUUAGUUUUAAUGGUGACUAUAAUACAACUGAGAGUUUCUGUGAAUAGAUAAGAUUUUCCUUUAUUCAUCCCUCGGUGAAGAAAUUAAGUCAUUAACAGCAGCGGUACACACAACAUACACAUUCAUAACGGGUACAAAAAAGCAAAUAAAUAAGAAAGAAAUACAGUAAAAAAAAAGAGAGAGAGAGCAGUGCAAUCGAAGAACAGUAUUACAGACAAGUAUGAGAAAAAUAUUAAAGAAAAAAAAAAAAUACGGGGCCAACAAAGAACAGGUAUGGAUGUGAUGAUGAUGUUGAUAUUGCACACAGAAUAAUCCUGCAAAUGGAAUAAUAUUGAUAUUUUUUGUUUCAUAUUUAGUUUGUUUUCUUUGGUGCCAUGUGCAUUUUGUCUGAGAAGCGCCCCAGUCCAUGUGUGGUGAGUGAACCAGCUUUAUAUCAUCCUUGCGUGUUAUCUUUCGUUGAAUUCAACUCUUAUUCUAAUGCCCGUGGUUUCGUAUUAUUGUGCAUCAACUGCUUAUUUUUCAGGUUGUCCUCAAUGUGAUCCUGAGUCUAUCUGGAGUUGGUUUUGCCAUCGCAGCCAUCAUACUCUACAGCAUCAACAUGGGAACCAUUUAUCUGGGAUGGAUGUGUGAAGAGAGUUAUAACUAUGAUGACUACAUUUCGGAUCAUCAGCGGACUCUGUCUCCUGGGGACCAGUUUAUGAAGGAGAAAUGCUUGGAGGCUGAAGACAUGGUUCUGGUAAGUGUGGAAGGAAACCUCCUCUGCCAAUAAUAAUAGACAAGUUUUUAAAUAGAGUAGUGAUAAAACAACGGCUCAGACCGUUUCACAGAUGCUACCUCAAAAAUGACCUUCCUUUGUUAUUACCAUCCCUGACUCUCAUCACAUCCAUUUUGGAAAACCCCCCAAAGUUUUCUAAAAGACAAAUGCUGAAAUCGUGACAAUAAGCUGAUGACUAACAAUGCAGAUUAGCAAUUAGUUUUCAAAGUCACCUUUCAGACAAACACCAGACAUCAACUUGGGACUUUUAUCUGAACAUUUCUGUUUUUUUUAUUCCUGUUCGGACUGAAAAAGUCCAAAGUGUCAUUGGCUCUUCUCCAGGUUGAUCCUUUUGUCAAGAGGAAGAAGAAAGUUCGAUUAAAAAUACAAAAAUAGAAACAAAGUUAUGAGCCCUAAAUCCAAAAAGGGAUAAAGUGUUGGAUAGCCUGAAGGUAACAUGAAUUAUGGAUGUGUGCAUUUGUGUGUGAACCACUAGAUGAUUAUGAUGGGCAUUUACGGUAUGCUGAUCGUCCUGUCAGUCCUGGAGUUCUGCAUCACCAUCAGCUCUGCCGUCUUGGGGAUCAAAGCUCUGAGGAGGAGCAAGGGAGGAGAAAACCAGGUAGAGUCUGCACGAUCAUGAUCACACUGUUGAACCUGUUGUUUAUUUAUGACAGUCUCUUUAUGUGAAGCUUGUCACAUGCUGGCUGUGGUGUUUUAUUCCACAUUUGAUUUGAUUUAUUUGGGAUCCCCAUUAGCCCUGGCCAAGACUAAGCUAUUUUUCCUGGGGUCCUUAAGCCAACUUACAAUAUAUCAAUGUAAAUAUCUCACAUAUAAUACGCUCCAGGGAAAAAUAAAGUAAAAUAAAUUUAAAAAAAAUAAUAAUAAUAACACAUAAAAUAUACACAGACAAAUAAACAAACAAAAUACAUACAAAUACACAAUACAACAAUACAUAAACAACAACAGAUGGCUCCUGAGUCAGCAGUAUGUAUAGUGUUUGACCCUUUUAUGCUAUGUGUGUAUAUAUAUAUAUAUAUAUAUAUAUAUAUAUAUAUAUAUAUAUAUAUAUAUAUAUAUAUACAUACAGUAUAUAUACACGUAUAUAUACAUACACAUACACAUUAAUGCCAUCUAAAUAUUACAUUUUAACUUUCUGUUGUGUUUCUUGACUAUGUUCUAAAAAUAAUUUUACUAUCUUCUUGUGUAAUUGUUUUCUGGUUAUUUGUUCCAUACUUGCAUGGCUCUGUACAUAACCAUCCGCUUUUUUCUGUCUGUUUUUGUUUUGGGUAGUGUAAAUUUUCCUCUAGUCGCAUGUAUGUCACAUAAAUGCACCCUAGUUGAAUUGAUCACUCUUGUACAGUGUAUGAUCUUAUGCCUAUUUGGAAGUGCUGCAGUUCCUCAAGUGUCCACUGGAGGCUGUGUGUAAAUUUAUCAGAAACUACAUACACACACAUUCAAAAAAGCCCAUCUUGAUGACAAAAACAAACAUGUUUGUUGGUAAUGUGUUAUUUUUCUCUUUUAGAGCCCUGAUGAACCAGAACACUACAAACCCCUGCAGGAGGAAGUCGACAGUAACCCUUCAGUCUAAAAGAAAAUCUCUGCUUUGUGCUUUUAUAUGAUCCUCAACAUUCAACCUUUUAUGAUGUCGCACCAAUGAUCUGUUCAGUUUCAGCUGAUACAGUUUCCACUAUAUUUCUCUACAAAUUUGCCUGAAUUGUUUGCACUUAUAUUUUUUAUCUUUUUUUACUUCUAAAGCUGAAAACAUACAGGAUCCGUAUUUGCUCCUUAGAGCAGCAUUGGGUAUUGCAUACAGGAUCAGCGUAUUUGGAGCGUAGCAGCAGUGAAGUGCAGCCCUGGUCAGCUGGGCUCAGUAUAGAGGAAACAACACGCUCACAACAGGCUGUUUUUUCCUUUCGGUGGUCGAUUUCCUGCUAAUUUGGAUACAAUUCAGUGACCGUUGAUCCUCAACCAUAUGUGAAAAAUUAACGUGAUUUACAGUUUUGGUUUUUGCAGGUUUACUCGUGUUUAAUAAAGUAAACUUUGUUCCUUUAUGCCGUGCUGUUCCCUUCAGACAGAGUUAGCAGUUAAAGUCCUGUGGGGGUCCACAUGGAUCAGGGAUUGACCAUCGAAUUGUUCUGUGUUACUGAUAAAUCCAGAACCAGGAAGGAUUUCUCAUCUACAUGAACAGGUCAUAGACUGUAUAUAAAAUGGACGCCGUCUGCCUCCUCACUGAGUGAAGCCACUCCGAGAACAGCACCCUCUGUUGACGGGCUGCAGUAUAGGUCAUAAAUCCCGCCUCCACCAGCAAAGCUUAUGGAGCUGUGGACAAACUUUAGAAGUUUAUUACACAGAAUAUAAAUGUUUCUCCCCUGAUACAGCCUAUGGGCGUUCAGGGAUUGCAUAGCUCACCCGGGGGUAUACGCUGUUUGAGCUGAGUGUCAUCACAGAGACUCUCCAGCUGAAUGCGCACAACGCUACUGCACAGCGCUGGUUUCAGGAAAAGGAAAAUCCUGGAAAUACCGAGAGCUUUUUGGUUUCAAAUCCGAAAACAGGCGGGAGGCGGAACCAAAUUGUCCAUAGUAUAUACAGUCUAUGGAACUGAUACACUGUCGGGAGUUCGCAUAUGGUCUUUUAUUUUGAAAUACCGGAUGAGAUGCGUGGUUUUCAUGCUUGACUUCCUGUGUAGAACGAUCUCUGUGUGGACUGACGCUCAUUGGAAGCGUAGAGCCGCAAAAAUAGAUUCGGCGCGUAUCUUUAGCAGAGCUGCUCUCGAUAUGAUGCUGUGACAGAGCUGAGACACAUCCUGUAUGCUUUGCUGCAUUGAUUAGAAUGGCAACCUAUCUGCUGCGUGAUACGCGACGCUGUUGCCGUGCUCCAAAUACACAUCCUGUAUGUUUUGGCCUUAAGAUAUGCACCUUUUGAUAUGCUGCUUUACUUUUUUAUUUCCUAAUAUUUUUAAACUGUCUGUUUUAUCAUAAUUUUCUAUCCUGCUGUGUGACUUACAGUCAGUAUGUACUGUAUGUGGGUAAAAAGGAGUUCAUGGAUGUGUGUGACACUGAUGGACUUUAUCGAACGAACGUUUACAAAAUAAAGGCAUUAAAAUGAUAAAUCUGUUCCUG